AUGCCCAAGCCAACCGUAGCUCAACAACUUUGCCAUGAUAUUGUGGAACCUGCGUUAAAGGCGUCUGCCAAUAAUGUCAAAUCACACUUAUCAAGAAAGUCAAUAAUAAAAGCUGCCAGCAGCAGAAGUGAAACAAAGCCUUCAAGAUCCGUGUAUAUUGAGAAAAAGAGUGUUACUAAAAAAAUUGCACCCACUGAAAGCAGUAAAUCAAGAGUCAAUACUCUUAAAUCCAGUGGAACAGUUUUAAGAAAGAAAUUCAUUGAUUCAGCCAUUAAUACCUUAAUAUCAGGUCCAUUACGAUGCGACAACUAUUGUGUAACUAUGGUACGAAAGAGAGACCAAAAUCCUUGUAAAUGUGGAUCGAAGAAGGUAAUUCCGAAAGCUAUUAGCCAUAAAGUAAUUCAAACACCAAGUAGAAAGAACUUUUCAAAAAUGGACAAAGCAUGUGCUAAUCGUUUUGAUGCUGUUACUUGUGGAACUCAAUUUUAUGACAGUCACAGUAGCAAACUCAAGUCAGCAAUUAAUAAAUCAAGAUCCAGAACAAACAUAUACUUUAAAGCACCUUAUGAGAAAGCAUUAGAAUCAAACAAUGAAAUAAACAGGUCUAAUAGGAUUCUCAACCAAGAAAAUAAACUUGAUAGAUAUAAUGAUAGGUUUGAAAGUACCAGUUACUUUGGAGGAAAAAGAUGGGCCUUAUCUGACUUUCCCAUUAGAGGCCCCGACUUCUGA